UCGGAAGGCAUGAUCAAGUACUUUCAUCUGAUGGCACGUUUACAUUUGCUACGAGGACAAUCCAACGUGUUUGCCAUCUAGACCAACUUGGAAAUUAACAGUGAGCUGAUGACGUACUCCCUUUGCCAAACAAUAAUACCCCCUUUUGUUCAUGCAGUUCCCCGUUAUUUCUGUUUGUCGAUGUGCAGUGAUCCGUUUCUUCACCCCUUUGUUUCCCGUGGUACCCCGUACCCUAUCUCGGUGAUCGAAUCAGGCAGCGGAGCAGCUGACUUGCGAAAACAGACGCUUCUUCAUACGGCUUCACUUGAGGGAAAAGUUGCCUGGAAAGCUCAACCAAAAGACAGUUGCGCUGGGAUUGCGUACCAUGCGUCAAUUUUGACUUGGACAAUCAUUUGACAUUAACCACAAUGGCUGACAAUAAAGGAUUUUUGUUAAAUAUUGCCAUUCUUCUUGCGAUGACUCUGAUGGUGCAUAGCCAGUGCACCACUGACAAAUACCAGUGUCCAAUGUCAGAUAUUUGUAUUGAUUUAUCGAGAAGAUGUGAUGGGAAGGUAGACUGCGGUGGAUCAUACGAUGAACUCAAUUGUGCAAGUUUGACAGACUGUCGCACAGACUAUGAACAUUGCCCAGGUGAGGGCAACAAUCUCUGCAUUGAUCCCUCUGAAAGAUGCAAUGGUCAAAAUGACUGCAUGGACAAUUCAGACGAAGAUGCAGGUUUUUGUGCUGAUACUCCAUGUCCAAACUCGUUUGUAAGAUGUGUAUCAACAAAUACUUGUGUUCCUGGAUCCAAAUAUUGUGACGGUAUUUCAGAUUGUUCGGAUGAUAGUGAUGAACCUCCAAUAUGUACAGUCAUACCUUCUACGUGGAGCUGUCCAGCAUUACAUUUCAAAUGUGAUAACAACCGAUGUAUCUCUGAUCUCAAGGUGUGUGAUACUGUCGAUGACUGUGGGGAUGGAUCAGAUGAAAAUGUUAAUUGCACUGGUCACAGAUGUCGGACCGGCUACUUCACCUGUGAGGUCAAGCGUUUUGAUGGUGAGAGAUGUAUACCAACGAGUCAAGAAUGUGAUGGUGUGGCGCAUUGUCAAUUUGCUGAAGAUGAAGAUGAAGACAAAUGUGAUCAAACAAAUAUUAGGCCCUGCGAUGCUGAUCAAUUUAGCUGUGAUAAUGGCCUGUGCAUUCUUAGCCAGUAUGAAUGUGAUCACCACAGUGACUGUGGCGAUGGCUCAGAUGAACACGCUGGCUGUGAUUAUCCGCAGUGUUCAUCGGUUACUCAGUUUACAUGUGAUAAUGGAGUCUGUAUAGCAGUCAGUCAGAGAUGUGAUGGAAACCGUGAUUGUAUAGAUAAUUCUGAUGAGAAAGAUUGCCCGAGUUGCUCUGCUGAUGAGUUUACAUGUGAGAAUGGCCGGUGUGUGAGUAAUAGUAAUGUCUGUGAUGGCUCCGUGCAUUGUCAAGAUGGGUCAGAUGAAAGAUUCUGUGGUAUAAAUGAAUGUUUGAACAACCCUUGUGAUGAUGUGUGUACCGAUACUGCAACAAGCUUUGUGUGUUCCUGUGUUAACCGCCCUGGAUUUGUCUUAGCUCCAGACAGGGUCUCUUGUGUCGAUUUCGACGAGUGCGCGAUGACUCCUGAUGUGUGUAGUCAGAUCUGCCUGAAUACAGAGGGCUCGUACAGCUGUGACUGCACAAGGGGAUAUGAUCUCCAGCCAGAUGGAUCUUGUUCAUUAACAAAAACUGAAGAAGUUCCCCACCUAUUUGUUGCAAAUCGAUACUACCUCAGAGACUAUGACACAGCGAAUUCCUCGGCCAACGCCGACAUCUUAGCUAAUUUUGAAUUCGCCGUGGCACUGGACUAUGAUAUGGUUGAAAACCAGGUGUUUGUAUCGGAUGUCAUUUCUAAUCACAUCAUCCGUAUGGAUAUGAAUGGUGAAAACAAAGUGGAUAUCAUUGAUGAUGAUGCCGAUAGCAUAGAGGGACUCGCAGUGGAUUGGGUUGGAAGGAAAUUAUACUUUUCAGAUCGACCAAGGAAAGUCUUGGAGGUGUGUGAGAUGGAUGGAAGUAAUCGUCGAGUUCUAAAACGAAAUAACCUCUCCCAGGUCCGAGGAGUGGCAGUAGAUCCUAAACAUGGGAAUAUGUAUUGGACAGACUGGGGACUGAGGGCCUACAUUGGACGUAUGGGAAUGGAUGGUAGCAACGCUAUUGAGAUACAUAAUAAAGACAUUGCUUGGCCCAACGGAAUCACUGUAGAUUAUACUGCUGAUAGAAUCUACUGGACUGAUGCGCAUCUUGAUCAUAUCGCAUUUGCAGACUUGGAUGGCAACAAUAUCCAUGAGAUUGCAAAUGAUGAUGUCGUACAUCGGAUCGCCCAUCCAUUCAGUGUCGCUGUGUUUGAUGAUUGGGUAUACUGGACCGAAUGGAAUAUCAAAAGGAUCUACAGGGCUCACAAGUUGACCGGAGAGUACGAGGAGGAGUUUGUUACUGGCAUGUAUCAUCGUCCCUUUGAUCUCGCCAUUUAUCAUUCUUUAGUUCAAGAUACAGAGCUUGUGAACCCAUGUGGAACAGACAACGGAGGGUGCAGCCAUCUUUGUUUGCUGGCACCGGGUGGAGGGUAUUCCUGCCUGUGUCCUGAUAACUAUGAGAUGGACGAUGAUGGGAUCUGUGUUGAGAGAUGCCUCAGUAAUCAGUUUCACUGUUCAGCCGAUGCCGAUUGUAUCCCAUGGUUCUAUGAGUGUAACGGAGAAGCUGAAUGCUCUGAUGGGGAGGAUGAAAGGAACUGCCCCGAAGGAGAAAGGGUAUGUGACUCUGCAGUGUUCCAGUGUGAUGGUGGAUUCAGUUGUAUUCCUAUUCCAUGGCUCUGUGAUGGUGAAUACGACUGUAGUGAUCACACAGAUGAAUCACACUGCAUUAAUAAUGAAUGCCAAGAUUGGGAAUUCAGGUGCAACAGCGGAAAGUGCAUCCCACGUAGAGAGGUGUGUGACAGAGAUGAAGACUGCCCCGAUAACGAUGAUGAAGAUGAAGAGUUGUGUGCACAUCCCAACACAACAUGUUCGGAAGGUUACUUCUCUUGUGCCAAUGGUUUCUGUGUUCCUGAGGCAUGGGUUUGUGAUCUGGAUGAUGAUUGUGGAGACAUGUCCGAUGAACCUUCUACAUGCUAUCAAUCGACUUGCCCGCCUGGUUGGUUUGGAUGUCAAGAUUCCUAUCGUUGCAUCCCAAAUUAUCUCAGAUGUAACUUAUACUACGAUUGCAGGAAUUCUGAUACUAGUGAUGAAGAUGGAUGUCCUGAAGUAACCUGCGAUCCGAUAGGAGAUUUCAGAUGUGAUAAUCACAAGUGUAUCCCAAAACGAUGGGAAUGUGAUUUCAAUAAUGACUGUGGGGAUAGAUCGGAUGAAUAUGAAGGAUGCGUAUACCGACCGUGCAGUGAGAGUGAGUUCCGCUGUUCUAAUGAACGUUGCCUCCAAGGAAGCAAGGUGUGUAACAAGUUCACUGACUGCCCCAAUGGAGAAGAUGAAGAUAACUGUGGGGAUCGGAACUGCCCUAGCGGUUACAGAAACUGCGCAUUUGGGACAUGUAUCAAUGAAACUCUCUUCUGCAAUGGUCGAAAGGAUUGCUAUGAUAAUUCUGAUGAAAUCGGUUGUGUAUCUACAGGAUGUGAGGAAGGUGAGUUCCGAUGUACCAACAAUCGUUGCAUCCCAGUGCAGUUUGUCUGCGAUGGAAUGAAUGAAUGUGGGGACGGAAGCGACGAAACCAGAGAGGCAUGCCAAUCCAGCAAUUGUGAUACAAGUGAAGGUAUACGAUUCAGGUGCCGUUCAUCCGAUCUGUGUAUAUGGAGAGCUCAAGUAUGCGAUGGACACAACGAUUGUGGAGAGUCGGACACAAGUGAUGAAGAACGAUGCACACCCGACGUUUGUACAGGAGACACUUUCAGAUGUCCUAGUGGUGAGUGUGUUCCAUUCACUGCUGUGUGUGAUGAUAACAAUGACUGCCUUGAUAACUAUGAUGAAUUGGGCUGUGAUAAAGAUGCUUCCUGUGAUGAAGACAAUGGUGGGUGUGAGCAUAUAUGUACCACUAUCAAUUCAAAUAGAGCCGUCUUGUGCCAGUGUAGACAGGGCUACACGUUAGCAGCCGAUGGGCGGAAUUGUGUGGAUGUGAAUGAGUGCACCGAUUUUAACUGCAUUCAAUCAUGCUCCAACUCUAAAGGUAGUUACAGAUGCUCCUGCUCCGAAGGGUAUUCAGGACAGAACAAUAGUUGUAUUGCAAAUGGAGAAGCACCAUAUUUGAUAAUAGCUGAUGGACAGAGUAUUACCCGAGUUGUCGACGGGAUUCGACAGUUGGUUGUGGACCACCAAAGCAGAAUUGAAGGCCUAGACUAUAUGUUUGAAACAAAUAAUUUAUACUUUGUAGACAGUGAAACUCGCUCUAUCAAGAGACAUUCAUUGCAAUAUGACAGUCAAAUAGCUCCUGAGAACCUGGCUGUUGAUAAUUUAUACCUUCCUGUAGAUAUGUCUAUAGAUUGGAUUGGAAGGAACAUCUAUUUCACUGAUCAGGGGAUAGAUGCAAGACCGUCAAGAUCAAAACGUCAGUCGACCCAGAUUGUUGCCGAUCCGUACCCUAAGAUUGCCGUUGCUGAUCUAGAUGGAUUGCGUGAGAUGACACUCACCAAGGAUAAUGUAGAGAAACCAACAGCUAUUGCUGUUAAUCCAAGGAGAGGGUAUGUCUAUUGGGCCGACCUCAGUUACACCGUUGGCAAUGCAUUUAUAGCAAUGGCCUACAUGAAUGGAGAGAAUUCAGAGAAGGUCGUCCAAACAGGACUGGUCCAGCCGCGAGGACUGACCAUUGACUUCAGCAAUGAUGACCGGGUCUUUUGGGUGGACUACAAGCUGAACGUUCUGCAAGGGAUGCUCUUUGAUGGCUCGAACAGGAAGACUCUUGUUAGCGGAGAUCAACUUGAAGACUCCAAUGCGAUGUUUAAUCCAUUCCAUGUGGAGGUAUUUGAAGAUCAAUUCUACUGGACAGCCAGUACCAGAGGAGAGGUCAUCAAGGCCAAUCGAUUGAACCCUUCCAAGAAUCUGACCGAAGUCCGCCUCUUGACCAAUCCCGCUGGACUCAAGAUAUUCCAGGUCAAUAGAUAUCCCCAAAACAUUUACAAUCCGUGUAGUGGUAAACGAUGCAGAGAUCUUUGUCUAUUACAACCCGAUCCUUCUGGUGAGGGUACUGUAUCAUCAUGUGAUGAAGGUUGUAAUUGUAGAAAUGGUGGCGUAUGCUUAGCUGAUGGCACUUGCAGAUGUCCAAAUGGCCUUGGAGGCGAAUUUUGCACGACUUCUGCACAACAGCAAAGCGAAUUGCACCGAAACCUCCUAAUCGGUUUACCAAUAACCUUGUUUGUCAUCAUCAUCGUCCUUAUUAUUCUCCUUCUACUCUAUGUUCGCAAACGAAGAGUAAAAUCCAAGAGAGAAACUAGUGCAGAGGUUUCCUACAAUAAUGGCAAUACCAAUGUACACUUGGAUCCCCAGAGAUUCCCUGGUAAUAAUAUACCAGCUGCAUCAAAUCCUGUUUACAACGAGAACACAUUCAACCCUGGACCCACUACCUAUGAUAACCCUGGCUUCAUACCACCUGUGGGUGCCGCAGGAGGCCCGGCCCAGCCCGGACCAGAGAAGACCGGUCUACCAGGAGACGAGGAUCUGGAAGCAGGAGCUCUACCGGAGAAAGACAUGACCGACGCUGAGAAACUAGCCAUGUAUACCAGUCUCUAUCCAAACCAACCCAUGCAGAACUACUACCAGACAGUCGGGAUGCCACCCCCAGCCGUGCCCCAUGCCCACAUGCCUGAACCUCCCCCAGCCUACAGGGCUGAGGCAGCGCAUGGGGAGAGGGUCGACGAUGUACAGCUUGAUCCUCCAAACUCAGGGAAUGAUGAACGGGGUCUGGUAGAUAAUGAAGGUCAAGACUAACAUUUCAUUUCAGAUUUACUCAUAUGCAAAUGCAACAGGUUAGAAAAAAAAAUAGUUUAUAGCCACAAUUGCAGAUGUGUUAUCUUGUUUCUAAAUCUUGCAGAGCUGUAAUAUUAUCUAUGAAUUGUUCUAUAAUAGCCUUAAUCAUCGUCCACACUAUUAUGGAUAAAGCUAGUUAUAUAAUUUGAGUGAGCAGGAAUUUAAUAUUCCUACUAUUGUGCAGCAAUUUUUCACCAAUUUGUUGUACUUUAUAGGAGAUAUAAUUUACAAGCAUCCAAUCUUAUUUGAAAAUAAUUUGUUCUGUUUGGUCUGCACUCCAUGUAUACUUUGCUUUAUAAAGACUGCAAGAAUAUGAGUCGAAGGUCUCAUUUUAGUUUGUGUGAGCAAGAAUUGCAAGUGGCUUUCUUUCAUUUUCAUUAUGAUUCAAAGCACAUGUCACACCCAGUACUAUUUUGUCAGUAGAAAUAUUAUAUAUUCAAGAGGCCUAUUUUAAAUAACUGAGGUACUUUUAUAGAUAUAUUUGUGAUAGAUAGUGCCUUAAUCACUCUGAACCUUGGCUUCUUGUAUGUACUGUGAAAAUCACUGUUCAGUACUGAUUUUUUUCAUAGUACUGGCAUCAAGUUAUAGCUAGAGAAUGAAUGAAUCCAUGUAUUUUUUUUCCAUUCACUGGAAUUUCAUAUUUAAUAUAAGCAUCCUGCUUUUCAAAUUUCGAGGACGCUAGCAACACUUUUUUUUAUGUUUUGUUUCGAAUCUCUAUCUUUCAAAUUUUCAAAUUUCCUCCAAGAUCAUUCCAUUAUUGAAGUGUUUCCAUGGUUUCUGUAUAUUUUUGUUGUAUACAUGCUAUCACAUGCACAUCCAGGUCAAUUUUUCAUAAAUAUCUUACACUUUGUACGUUGAAUUGUUUGUUUUCAUGAGCGACAUGUAUUGCUAUUGGUAGAGCUCAGGCAAAUUAUAUUUUGUGAAUGUAUUUUUCAAUGGAAAGUUUAAGCCUGUAUAUUUUUUUAUAAUUGAAGUAUAUAGCAGGGUACUUUUUAAAUACAACUUUUCUAGAAAUUUGAUUUCACUAAAGGAAUUAGUGAUAAUUUAAGGCAAUAUUUCAUGAGGCAGAUUUGUGUGCCUCAGUAUUUUUGGGUCCAAAUAAAAAUGUCUUUUUAUAUUCAAUUGAGGAUAAUAUUUGUAUAUUUGGUUAUUUGAUAAUUUUGACAAUUUUUAAAUUCUAAAUAAAAUAGUCAUAUUACUCAUGUAUAUGAAUGAUCAUGUUGAAUAGAAUAUGCUUUUAUGAUGAGUAUAUCAGCAGUCAAAUGUCAAUGCAUAGAGGAAUCAACUACUGCAAAAGUCUGCAAUUGGAAUGGCUUGCAAGUGCUUAUUGCUUGCUGAUAUUACAUGUAUAAUGUAUGAUUUCAUUUGAAAACAAACCAUUAGUCAUUACUGAUCCCCAAUUUUGAAAUUUUGGGUACAAUUAUUUUCGGUGAUUAUUAAAGUACUUUCAGUGUAUCAUACCAAAAUCAGAUACAGUGUAUAGAUGAUCACAUUUAUAGAUGUUAGGGGUUAUCGUAUCCUAAAGAAUCAAAGAUCCUGAAGUAAGAAACUGAUUUGCUGUUCAACAAAUCAAUCUCUUUCAAUAGCUUGAAAGUUUUUGUAUAAGAUAUUUAUCAUCAGUUUGUCUUUCAUUUUUUGAUGCAAUUAUUCACCCAUAUAGAUUGCACCUGUAUUCAGACUACAUUUAUUAAUUUAUUCACUAUGGACUGAGAAAUCAUGAUUUUAAAUUAUUGACUCAUUAUUGUAUUCAUUAUAUAUGGGCAACUCCAUAAAAUUAAUGUGGGAUAUCCUAUGUGUGAAACCUUUCUCCAGACCUACAAAUGAUCCUGGAUAUUGAGAACAAAAUGGAUUCUUACUAUAUUACGAGCUCUUAAAGGGCUUUUGAGUAUUAUCUACUCUCAUGUGAAGUGAUUUGGGGCAAAAUCAUCUCCAUUUUUGUUAGGUCUGUUAUGUAUGACAGAUAAUAGGGCUCUUUUUGCUCUCAUGUUGUUUUAACAAGUCAAAAAGGGGGAAAAAGUGGGAAAUGAAGGUUGGUCAUGCAAAAGGGUUUUUUUUGCCCAUACAUAGUACUUUCACUUAUAAAUGCAGCUUGUUUGAUGCAAUGUAUUCUAUUUGUAUUCACCGUUUAAAUAGUACUGAUUCUUAUUCUGAUAUUACAGUGUAUAGAUUUAUUCCAUAUUUGUAUUCCUGAUGGUGACACAAUUUCUACUUAUAUAAUGAUGUAUUCAAGAAUUGAAUGAAUUCCACACAUUUGUGUGUGUGGGGGGGGGAUGGCUAUAGAGAGAUGAAGCGCAAGGGGAAUGGCAGGGGUGAUGAUUGGUUUACCGAAUUUCCACACUCCUGAUAUAGUUUUCAUUUCACAUGGUAUUCUUUUUUUCAGAUGAACAUGGGGUUCUUGUAAUUUAUAGGUUGCUUUUACCGGUAACCACCAUGUACACUACACACUCCAGUAAGGUGGAUUGUUAAUUUCCAAUUGUUAGCCAAAAGUGCCUGGUAUUCCUUUUUUCUCCAGAAAAAAAAGCAAAAAUGUACUAUUGCCCUAGAAUUAAAUACCCUAAGUGAAAUGCUAACAACAUAUUUACCAGCAUUUCUUCGAAUCGGUUACUUUGAAGCAUACCAUUUAAAGCUUUAGAAGUAUGCACAAAUAUAUUUCUACAAUGUAUCAAUAUCUAGUUUUAAGAUAGAUUAAAAUUCCAUGGUGAUUUCACUAUCAUCCAUACGACGAAGAGUCUGGUACAUUGAUAAUGUAUUAUAUUGAUAUAUAUAUUGGAGGGCAGAUGUGUAUCUGCAAUCAGUGAACAAAGGUAUUUUUAUGAAUGAAAGUUAUUAU